CCGGUGGGAUCCCGUCGUCGGCACCGGGGAUGUCGGGGCAUCCCGACGCGAUGGUGGGGCAGCACCUAGGUGCCAGUGGUGCGGGGAGAGCGGGAGCGGGCGACGUGCCGUGCUUUGGGGUUCCGUCUGGUGGUGGUACCGGCGGUCCGUGAGAGGAACCGACCGAUGCCGAUGCGCUCGUGUCGCGCUGUGGCGAACCGGCGAGAGAAACACGGACAGAGCGCGCGCGGCCAGCGCACAUCGCACUCGCAACGCGCGCAAGCCACAACGCACUCGCUCAACGCUCACGCUCGCGCCGCGCCGCCAGUCAGCGUCGGUCGUCGCCGGUGCUUCCACGGCCGUCCCCGCCGUAUGGCCAUGCGUCACCCCGUCGACCUGGUCACGAUCGCAGGAGUACACAUCGUCGAUCGCCGAGACGAGUCCACCCCGACGCGCGCGGGGACGUGCGGCAAGCGCCGCGGCUCACCCCGAAGGGAACAGCAGGCGAGAACAGCACGUAUCGUCGUACGUUGCGAGCGUAGCAAUCGCGCCGGAGGAUCGUCGCGUCGUGAGACCAUCGGCGAACAGUCGCUUGCACGAGCCGCGAGAUCACUCUCGCGACGAAGCUGAUCGUAUAUGCGUAUUGGAUUUUUUCUCGCUGGCUUUAAGGAAGAUCUAUCGCGCGUCUAAAAAACAUCCCCGAGAGGACUACCUGCCCGAAGUAACUUUCACGCCCUACCGGCACUCGCAUCCCCCGAAAGAAAGUCGUCGCUGCGCGCGGCACCCGCAGCGGGAGGACCUCGCCUAUCGCCGCGUCGCUUCGGCUGAAGCGAGUCAGUGCUACUCCCGAUUUCCGCGCGCGAGUGCCGCCACCGCCGCCGCUCUCGUUUCUCGCGUCGUCGAGGACGGGUUACAAACACGUAUCGGUUUCCGAUUUCACGACGUGUUAAAUUCUGAAUUGUUAAUCCGCGCCGAUUCGUCACUCCGAAGAAGCGCAGCAGUGAUUUUCUGCCGAAUGGGUUAAGAAAAAGAAAAAAAAAGAUCCGUGAAAGUGAUCGCGAUUAAGUCAAGUGCCAAGGAAGGAUAAUCAAAGAGGUGUGGUGCGGAAUCUCUCGCUUUCGGAAUCUGUUCCGGGCGACGAAUAACGUUCGUAAAAUCUGUGAAGUGACACGCGUGUCGCGCGUAUCGAGCUCCGUAUGUCGCGAUCGUUCGCGUUCGCGAUACCAGCUUGAUGCCUCGAUCGCAUGAGAGAAGACUCGAUACCUCGAAACUACGACGACGAAGUCGUUUCCUGUGUCCCGCAUCGCGUUAACGCGUUCCGCUGCACAUCGAAUCGCGAGACCGCGCGAGGACGACACGCGGGUGCGAACGCUCCUUGGCACGGUUACGUAAACAGGCGCCGACGAUCGUUGCGCGCCGGACUGACCAGGAGGUGGUUUUCUCGCGGGAGGAAGUGAGCAGAAACGCGCGCGGCCGGGGGUAAAAAGGGAAACACGCGAGAGAGCGCCGCGAGACACGUGUCCAUUAUCGGCAAUUGCGCCGAUCGAGAAAAUCCUGUCCUGUCUCCGAAACGACGAUCUCUCCGACGAGCUGCCUUCUCCGCGAGCGAUCGACGGAACUACCGCGGGGAACGCUUUCGACACGACGAUGAUGACAACGAUGACCGAUGGAAUAUCAUCGAUCAUCUCUCGGAGCGGUGUUCCGCCAAUGAUACGCCGGGCGUCAACGUAGCGUCGUCGCGCGAUCGACAAUCGCUAUUUUAUCGCCGAGAGCGCUCGAGAUAGCUCGAGAGAACGCAACGGCGGUGCGAUCACGAUUCGUCAUUCCCGCCGAGGGAAGGAAUAAUUACGGGAGGAGAGAGAACGCACUCGGGAGUCUCCGUUGUCGGGAUCGGGGAACAGCAGCAGAUCGAGACGCGAUCGAGGAAGGAAAUAACGUAUAGCCCUCCUCUUGAUCGGGAUCAUCGUAUAUCUCGUGGUGGUAAAUGCGCGGAAAUUAUGCAUCUCGCGUUUCUCCACGCAAAGAAACGGAAACUGCAGGCAGGAGCGAGCGAGAAACGCGUUUACAUGCCGAGCUAAUACGCCCGUUGCGCUUCCUUCUCAUCUACGAUCUUCGUCCCGCCUCUCGUUACCGCGGUGAGGAACCGUGUGCUUCGUGACGUCGAUGCGGAUUUUCAAAAUCGCUCCGGUGUCCGAAAAGUGUUAACGUGUCUAUUCACGAGACAAAGGUGUCCGUACCGUGUCGCCCGUGUUUGCGUAAUACGUUACACGCGUUCUCGCGUGUGUUACAAGAGUGCCACUCCGCCGCGCCUCGUCUUUGAAAAUUCGCUCGGGGGGAGGGGGCCCCCACCGGUCCUUCGUGACCCAUGCGAUUCGGGGAAGCUCGCGGACGACCAUCUGUGAUUUUCUCGGAAGCUCGGGAAGAACAGCCAUCCGAUAAUUAUGCGUUCCGACAAAGGAUAACGUGUCGAUGCAACGAUGUGAGAUAGAGAGAGAGAGAGAGAGAGAGAGACGCUUCGGACCUGACUUACGUCAAGAGUGAAUGGAAGCCGUGCGAGAUUUGAAAACGGCGAAAGUCAUUCGGGGAUUCAAGGCGAACGAAUUUUUCGAUCACGCUCGUCUGACGUAACGACGAGGAAGAGGAUCGAGUGACACAUCUCUCGGCGGAACACGCGAAACGUCCGGUACCGUUACUCGAGCUCGUACGCUCGAGAAUCCAUUUGCUUAGAUCUCGAGAGCAAACCCACCGACAAUAAUAUCUCGAGGAGUGUACACGUCGAGUAACUUGCGCGACGGCUCGCUCUUUUUUACUUCACACGAGCCGCUCGCAAAUACCCUUAAUCGUUGCGCCCGACCGGAUCUUCCUUCAAGAUCUUCGUCCGAGGAUUCUGAAAAGAAAAAUCAUAGGACUCUCCGUGAGGAUUCGUUAGACACCGUCGAGAAGAACACGUCCGUAGUGCCUGACGCCGCAGAAACUGGAAACCUCGAUUGGUGGACUUAGAGCUACUGCUACGCAGAAAUCCCUAAGUUGCCUCGUCCUGAUCGGCGGUGCGGUAGCCAUGUCAUCGCCGGAUCGGCACGGCGGAUCAUCACGAGAAAUCGGCGUGAAGCCGGGAGAGAGUCAUCAUCAUCAUCAUCAUCAUCAUCAUCAUUAUUAUCAUCGGCCCGGUAUAUUUAGGACGACUGAGUGACGCCGACAGCCGAGGAAUCGGUAAUCGAAGGAUCGAUACGAGCGGAUCGAUCCAGCAGCUUGUAACCUACGGCCUCCUUGCUGGCCUGGCCAGCUACUAUGCGAAUUGAAGCUCUCAGCACCCUCGUCGCGGUGGUUUGGCUGACCGCAGUCCUGUGCCCGCGGCUUAUUGCCGCCAACAAUUUGAGUUCAUCCCACUCUUCUCGAAGGCCCAAGGAUCAUCCCUACAGAGGACAUAUCUCUCACUGGGCAGAGGAGACGACGAACUACAAGCGGAUGACAUAUCGGAAGAUGCAGACGAUUCUACGUGAGGAAGGGGGUGAGGACGGCCUCCCGGUCGACUGCUGUCCCACGGUGGAGGAAAUGGUGGAACCGGUCGGCGGUCGAAAUCGACAAGACAUGUACGUCGAGCUCUAUCGGAGCGGCAAGGAUGCUCAGAGAUUCUUCGAGUACUCCUGUAAGGAAGACGUCGUCGACAAGCCGUGCAGGUUCGUCGACUGGAAGUUCAGGAACCAGUCCAGAUGCGUGCAAAAGUUCUCGUACGUGUACGCUAUCAUCGAGAGUCCUGAGAGAGUAAAUACUGAACCAAAUACUGCACCACCAGAGAUUGAAGUAGAGGAGCACAGAAGGCAUCACCAUAGGGAACACCAUCACUUUCCCUCGCCUCUCAACAUCGUGAACGGGACGGGAUGGACGUUGGAUUAUAUCAGGGUGCGAAGCGGCUGCAGCUGCGAGAUCGUGCCGAAGCCGAAGAAGAGGAAGAUCACAGCGAUCAAGGCGAAGAAGACGAAGAGCAAACAACAUCAACCAAAGGACCAAGGACCGGACUUUGACACGUGAAAGUGUCGAUUUGCGUUCUAAUGACAGUAAUUGUGCCGUGUAAUUGUGUUGCGACAGAAGAAUGACACGUGCGAAUGCGAGAUUACGUACAGGACGUGAGAAUGUGUGCGUAAAGAGUAUUCCUAAUCGCCGGAUUGCAGAUGCAAUGAAAACGUUACCAACGAUCAUAUCAUCGAUUUUUCUGAUAACAAUUACAUAACAAUAAUUUAUUAGACAUUAUCGUGGGCAUAAAAAUGCGUUGUUUCGCGAACGACGCGUUUGCUGUGGAUCAAUCGAUUCGUACUCCUUGGUGCUUCAUUUACAAAUAUUCUUCUUAGUUACAUUUUAAAUAUCUUUAUUUAUUAUCAUUUAUUUUUCAAUAGGAAAUUUUUGCUAAAUGUAAAUACAAUUUGUUAAAUUUCGUCAAACUAUUUACCGAUUUUGAAAUUACGAUCUUUGAAAUUACAAUAGCAAAUUGGUUGUCAACAAUCACUAAAUUGAUAUAAUUUUCGUAAAUAUACAAAUAUAAUAGUUGUAGACUGAUGUCACGAUUCGAGAACGAUAUUUCAAAAUAAUAAUAUAUUCAGAUCAUUUCAUUAAUUUUUAAUAAAGUAGGCAUAUAUCUCAAUGCGCGUUAAUUUAAUGCUUUAGUUUAAUUAAAUCUAAUUUUCACUUUAUUGGCGGCCAGUUUUCAUUCUGUACUUUUUUUCUGUAUAUUAUAAAUUUGUAUAUAUCCGACGAUAUAACGAGAAUUUAUAUAAAAUAUAUGGUGUUUCAAUUAAUUAGAAUCUGAUUCACAGCAUCUAUGUACAGAUCUGCGAGGCACGUUGUUAUAUCGAUAACGAAGAUGCAACACAAAGAAUUAUAGUAUUACUAAAAUUUAUUUAAUUAAAUUGGUAAAAGUAUAAUUUUACUUAAACACUUAAAACUUUAAGAAGAGCAUUGAUUAGAUGACGUGCCAACAGCCAUGACAAUUAUCAAUAAAUCUGAUUACUAUAAGAAAUGCGAAAAAUUAAUUAUAUGAAAUUGGUAAGAUUAAGUUUUUUGCGUAAAUUUUCAUUGCGCGUCGACACGAUGCGUAUAAGUUAAAAAUAUGUAUAUUAUACUAAAAAUUAAAAAAUGUUUUUAUUUUUCUCUUGUAAAUACUUAUAUUGCACAUUGAUAAUCUUGAUCACUCCUGGCAUUACUACGAUGUGCAAUGCAAAUUCAUGAAUAUUUGCAGUUUUAAUUUACAUUUACUUGCAAAAUAACUCUAUCUUAGCGUAUUAAUUCUGAAACAUCUUUAAUACACAGUUGUAUAUAUUUUUGCGAGAAAUAAACAAUUUGCUGUUUUAUGUCUAUGUAUGUUUCAUAGUAAUAACAUGUUUUUUAAUUACUUUUAAUAUAUACAUCUUCAUUAUACUGCCGUAUUGAUACUUUAAGUGACUUCUAGUUGAUAAUAUUUGUUGUAUUAUAAAUAUAACAUGAUAAACAUGCAAACAUGUUUUCCGUAUCGCCGUGUAAACAUUGUAAAUAAAUUAAUAUACUUGUUAUAAAAUGAUAAAUUGA